UAACGCGUUGUCUAUGAACACUCAGUUUUAACGAGUUCAUCAUUAAGACACAUAGCAUGGGGUUGUUGGUGAAUUAAAAAAACAAAAAACAAAAAACAAGACAAGUGGAGGAACCGGAGAAGACGGUCACUUUUGGACAUCGCCGUGUGGCAUGGCGGCGCGCCUGUCCUGCGGGCUUGGUCCCACAGAACAUUCCAGGCCUCGGCUGGAGCUCUGUCCCCAGAGGGGUCGGGCUCCCACCUUGUCCCCAGACGGGAUGCUGAUCUUCUGGGCCCUUUCUGCCUCUCUUCUCCCCGCCCUGGUGCUGGCCUCUGGAUCACAGCCCUGCCCUGCCGCGCACUAUUCCUCUGCGCUGGAGUCCUUGGAGUGCUACAAUGACUACAGUACCCACAUUCGCUGCAGCUGGAGAGAGAGCAAGCUGAAUCUCUCACAAGCCCCUCUGUCUCUCUUUCACCUGGGUGUGAAUGACAGCGAGUCGCAGUGCAAGCCCAUUGGCCCCACCGAUUCGCCGCCUGCGGGCGGGCUGGAGGUCCGCCGUCAAUGUCAAUACAACACCACGGCCUUCUUCGUCCUAAAUAAGGACAGCUACUUCUUCAAGACCCCUCACUCCCCUGGCCUCUCCAAAACACUCAACGUGUCCCAGCUCGCAGUGAGAGUGCGCCCCCCCAAGAGCCUGUCCCAAGGACUUACGAAGGGAGGGGGCAGGGAGUUACGCUGGAGGAGCUACUACCACCCCACCUCGCCCAUCUACCCAACGCUCAACUACGAACUGGCCUACAGGAGGCUGGACCAGGACUGGGUGGUUUUGGAGGUCUCUCAGAACGAAUCUUGGGUCAUUGAAUGGGACCGGUUGGUGCCUGGCUGUGUGUAUGAGGCCAGGGUGAGGUGCAGAGGUGGACGGGGGCUGUGGAGUGACUGGAGCCCCCUGGUGACUUGGAGGACUGAAGAGGUCUCAGUGCCAGGUCCCUAUAACCUGCAGUGUGUGUUUGAUGGAGUGGCAACGAUGAACUGCAGUUGGGAGGUGAAGUCAGAGCUCGCCCAGUUUGUCACCUACAACCUCUUUUACCGCUCCCCUCCCACUGCACCGGCUAUAAGGUGCUGUUUCGACACUCCUGUCAGGGUAGAUACCAGUGUCUUGGUGCAAAACUGUAAUUUCUCCAUCUCGCAGCAAGAGCAGGUGGUGGUUGAGCUCGUUCCCUCUCGCAACACCAGACAGAUCCAGUCGUCUAAACACAUCCGCCCAACCCCCCCGGGCAAUAUUAAAGUCCAGGAGAAGGAGGGAAACUGGGUGCUGAGCUGGACCGCCCAAAAAUCCUCCACAGUUCCAAUCUCCUUCGAGGUUCAGUACUGGAGGUCACAGUCACCGGAGGAGAAGAUCAAUAUUUCUGAAAGUGGUUUGUCGCACCUCAUCCGUGAAUCUUCUCUGCUCCCAUUCACGAGAUACACAGCCCAGGUGUGUUCCGUGAUCACCCCCAACAGGAGCACGUAUGAUGGACUCCCCUCCGACUGGACAGAGCACGUGCACUGGACCACCCCACCAGCUCGCUGGUCCCUCGUCAAUAUCCUGGUCCCUGUCAUAUCGGUGUGUGUGGCAGUCCUCUUCCUGUGGUUCGCCAUUCCUGCAUGUCGAAGGCGGGUGAACAUGUGGAAGAUGUCCAUUCCUUCCCCUUUCAAGAGUAAGGUGCUGGAGGAGUUCAGGAAGAAGUCUACGAAUGACAGCUCCGCCUAUGAGAAUGAGGUUGAGAGAGCUCCUGUCAGUGAGACUGAAGUGCUGGACAUGGUCCAGGCAGUUCAGUACUUUCCACCGGGGGUGAGCAUGUGGAAGAUGUCCAGUCUUUCCCCUUUCAAGAGUAAGGUGCUGGAGGAGUUCAGGAAGAAGUCUACGAAUGACAGCUCCGCCUAUGAGAAUGAGGUUGAGAGAGCUCCUGUCAGUGAGACUGAAGUGCUGGACAUGGUCCAGGAAGUUCAGUACUUUCCACAGUUCAGUGCAUCAGAAGACCCCAGGCACCGACUAUUGCUGACUGCCUCCCAGGAAGUUGGACCGUACCAACAGGUUCCCGAGCGGGGCUCAGGAGUAGCCGCUAAUGCUAGCUUGAGUGGCCCUAGCCUUUCACACUCUGCUGCUUUGGGGCCCCAGAAUGCGGGUGCUGUCAGUGGACCCUGCAUGCCGGAUACCGCCUCCCUCUCGUCUUUGCCCACUAACCAGGAAAUGGCUCUCGAGUACGUGGAGGUACCUCCCCCUGAAGGCACAUUGCUCCGGGACGUAUCCUCGAUGUGGUGGAAGGGGGGAAUGGAGGUACAGGACAUUGUUCAUGAGUGUCCUCUGUUGGGACCUGCUGACUCAGAGACAGAGCUGCGUUCAGCCCCCGAGUCACUGGAUCUGGACCCUUACGCAUAUAUACCCAUCCCCUUUAAGAUUCACUCCAUGGUUAUCCAGCAAAGUCCCGACUGCUGCCCACUACCAGAUGUAGGGACGGACGAUAGGGGCACUGCGACCACCACUGAGCCCCCUGCAUGGUGCUGUCCUGGGGGUCUGGGAGAGAAUGGAGAGGGCUGGAUGGAGUACAUGAAAGAGGAUUACACCUAUGCGAACCUCUCUCAGGUGUAACUUGGAUGGAACUUCCUGUGCUAUGGCACACAGAGAGCUGUCAGUCACCUCCUCGCCUGAAGAGGGCAGUACAGAACAGUGUGGGUGAACCAUCCUGGCUAGUCAAUUGAUUUAUGGGACUAAAAUGGUUGUUUACUUCCUGAGGAAUAUACUUCCGUAUGUGCUCAGCAAAACCACUAAGUUUCUUUAAAUUACGUGAUGAUGACAGACAUAAAUUUGUGAUUAUUUGUUAUAUUUUAAGCCAUUUUGGCCAGGACUCCCUUAUAAAAAAUAUGUAAAUCUCAAUGGGACUACUUUGUGGUAAAAUAAA